AUAUAAUAGCUUGACUAUCAGAACCUCAAAAUUAACUUCUCAAACAUUUCUCAGAAAAAAAACUAGAACUAAGGUUGAAGAGUCGCCAAGCUUACAAAACAUGUGUUGGAACCCAAUAGUCAGCAUGAAGUUCACAGGAGUAGUAUGCAUCGCAUUUGUGAUAGUCCUUCUGUCGGCUUUAGCUCCGACCAAAGCAGUCUUUGAAGAGAAAGUGGCAUGCAUCCCGACAGAACUUAUGACAUGUAUACCAGCAUUACAAACCGGAAGUCAACCGUCCGCUGACUGCUGCGGAAAACUGAAAGAACAAGAGUCGUGUUUGUGUGGUUACAUACAAAAUCCAUUGUUUUCUCAGUAUGUUACAUCUGAAAAUGCUCACAAAGUUUUAGCGACUUGUGGUAUAUCUUAUCCUACUUGUUAAAAUUUCAAAUUUCAAAUCCUAUGUAACAAUCCGUUAUGGUUUAUCCAUUGAUAUUAAAUAAUCAAUAUUUUCUUAUAACAA